AUGAAGGUCUCCGUUCUCUCUGCCCUCACCGUCGGCCUCGCUGCCGGUACCCUCGCUGCUCCCACCAAGGUUGAGCGCGACCUCCCCACUGUCACCGGUGUCCUCUCCGGCAUUGGCACCAAGGUCGACGCCCUGGGCUCCGCCAUCCAAGCCUACAGCGGUGGCGAUGUGGCCAGCGUUCAGCAAGCCUCCGACAACCUGGUGAGCGCAAUCAACAGCGGCAACAGCCAGGUUAGCGGCACCUCGGCCCUCAGCUCAACCGACGCCCUCGGCCUCCCCGGGCCCGUGGACACCCUGAAGAAGAAGAUUUCCACCGUUAUCAGCGAUCUCGACAAUAAGAAGACCUUGAUUGUGAAUGCAGGAAAAGGCGCCCAGACCUACAACGACUUGGCCGAGCAAAAAGCCGCGGCUGAGAAGUUGUCCGAUACAAUUGUCUCCAAGGUACCCGAGUCGUUGCAGAGCCUGGCUGGUACCGUUGCUGGUGGCAUCUCGGAUGCGAUUGAGGCUGGUGUGAAGAGCUGGUCGGAUCAGGCUUCCAAGGGCGACGCCCAGCGUCAGUCCAGCCCU